AUGGGAUCUAAAGGAAAGUGCCCCUGGUUGGCAUAUUGUGGUUAUAUGGAUGCAAUAAAAACAUGGCAAUUAAGGACCAUUGUUGACAACCACACUUGUAGUAGAGAGUACAAGGUAAAAUUACUCAAUUCAAAAUGGCUUAGUAAGAGGUUGGAGAAAACUGUUAGAGAAAAUCCUAGAGUUAAGGGAGUGGACAUUGUUCAGAAGAUAAAUAGAAAGUGGAAUGUAGGUAUAUCUCAAUCCAUGGCUUAUAGGGCUAAAGCCAUUGCUUCAGACCACGUUGAUGGGUCUUUCAAAGAGCAAUAUAAAAGGAUCUUUGAUUAUGCAAAUGAGGUCCUAACUCGUAAUCCUGGAAGCACAGUUCAGGUUAAAGUUGAACCAAAUAAGGAUGGACCUAUAUUCAGGAGGUUGUAUGUUUGUCUGAAAGCCUGCAAGGACAGUUUCGUGUCUUGCAAGCCUAUUAUAGGGCUGGAUGGUGCAUUUUUGAAAGGUAAAUAUGGUGGGGAAAUGUUGACUGCUGUUGGAAGAGACGCAAACAAUCAAAUGCUACCUAUUGCAUAUGCCAUUGUGGAAGUAGAGAACAAGGCCACUUGGAAAUGGUUUAUGGAACUUCUGGUUGAAGAUCUUGAUGGGCCUACAAUAUGUGCAUCAUGUACAUUCAUAUCAGAUCAACAAAAGGGCCUAUUACAAGCUAUUCAAGAAGUGCUUCCAGGAGUUUAUCAGCGAUUUUGCGUUAGACACCUAUACGCGAAUUUUAUAAAACAAUUCCCAGGAAAACAACUUAAGAGGUUGAUGUGGAAGGUAGCUACAGCAACUCAUCCCCAAGCAUGGGUAAAGGAAAUGACAAAUAUGAAAGAGCUUAACAUUGAAGCUUUUAAAUAUCUGAUUAAAAUACCUCCCACACACUGGUCGAGAUCAAGGUUUACAACCACAUCUAAGUGUGAUACAUUAGUAAACAACAUGUCAGAGGCAUUCAACAGUGUUAUGCUGCAUACAAGGUCUAAGCCAAUCAUAAUCAUGAUGGAGGACAUCCGGAUUUACACCAUGAAAAGAUGGGCAACUAAUAGAGCAAAAUGUCAAUCAUUGACUAGGGUCAUUUGUCCUAAAAUCAAGACUAGACUUAAUAAAGAGUCCCAGUUAACUAAGUUUUGGAUUCCAAGUUGGUCAACAGAUAAGUUAUUUGAAAUACGUCAUGCCUCACAAGUUAGGGAGAAGCUUGUGGUUGAUCUAGACAAAAAUGAAUGCAGUUGCAGGAAAUGGGCUAUCUCAGGCAUUCCAUGUUGCCAUGCGUUGGCUGCUAUGAAGUUUCUGAACUUAGAUGUAGAGGACUUCAUACCUGGUUGGUUUAGGAAGGGCACAUAUGAAGAGACAUACUCUUCAAUUGUCUAUCCGAUAAAUGGAAAAAACAUGUGGCAGGUUACACCAUACAAUGAUGUAUUCCCUCCAAAAAACAGAGCAUUGCCAAGCAGACCAAAGAAGAAACACAGGUUUGAAGAAUGGGAGUUGAUCAACGAUGAAACAAGAAUGAGGAAGGGUGGUGUACGUAAAAGAUGUGGAAUUUAUGGAGAAAUGGGAGACAAUAGGAAGUCUUGCAAGAAAUUAACCCAAGAAUCAGUUGUCACUGACCAAACACAACAAAGUAACCCACCAAAUGAGGAUCAAGCAAAUGAGGAUCAAGCAUAG